CCCGCCCCGGCGGACCGCGGUCUCGGCCCGGUUGUGUCCGGCACGCACGCGGCCAUGGCGGAGGCCGAGCUGCAGCUGGUGGCGCGGCGCAUCCGCAGCUUCCCCGACUUCCCCAUCCCGGGCGUGCUGUUCAGGGACAUCUCGCCCCUUCUGAAGGACCCCGACUCCUUCCGCGCCUCCAUCCGACUCCUGGCCAGUCACCUAAAGACCAAGCACGGCGGCAAGAUCGACUACAUCGCAGGCCUAGACUCCAGGGGCUUCCUGUUUGGCCCCUCUCUGGCCCAGGAGCUGGGCCUAGGCUGUGUGCUCAUCCGGAAGCGCGGGAAGCUGCCAGGCCCCACCGUGUCGGUUUCCUACGCACUGGAGUACGGAAAGGCUGAACUAGAGAUCCAGAAAGAUGCCUUGGAGCCUGGGCAGAAAGUGGUUGUUGUGGACGAUCUCCUAGCCACUGGUGGAACCAUGCGUGCAGCCUGUGAGCUGCUGGGCCAGCUGCGGGCCGAGGUGCUGGAGUGUGUGAGCCUGGUGGAGCUGACCUCGCUGAAGGGCAGGGAGAAACUGGGGGCUGUCCCCUUCUUCUCCCUCCUGCAGUAUGAGUGACUGUGAGGCCAGAUGGCUGCCUUCCCUCACUUGGUGUCCCCAACCAGACCAUGGCUCAGCCUUGAGUCAUUAGAUGACCACCAAGGGUCAGACCCAGCUGCUCUCUUGAAAUUUUGUAUCCGUUUUCUUUCUUGGCUGGCCAACCCAACUCGCGUGCCUUUGGACCACUUGAACCCUUCCUGCAGUGUCUAAUAAAAGCGCCAAUGCCUAGAGCAGAGCUACACACUA